AUGGCAAGGCCGCAGCCCACCGCGGAGCCCCAGGUGACCUACUCGUCAGGCCGCGCCGACGAUGGCACGCCGGAUCUCCGGAUACUGCACUACAACGACGUGUACCAUGUCGAUCCCUCCAGCGCCGAACCGGUCGGGGGGUUUCCCCGGUUCAUGACCCUGUGCAAGGAGUACCGCAACGGCAGCCAGUUUGCCGGCCAGUCCAAGCUCAUCACCCUCUUUUCCGGGGACGCGUUCAAUCCUAGUCUCGAAAGCAGCGUUACCAAGGGAAAGCACAUGGUCCCGGUCCUCAACGCAAUUGGCACUGAUGUGGCUUGUGUGGGAAAUCACGACUUUGACUUUGGUGUGAAGCAGUUUGAGGCCCUGGCAGAAAAAUGCAAGUUCCCCUGGCUCAUCGCCAAUGUGCUGGACCCCGCGCUCGGCCAGGACGUGCCUCUCGGAAAUGCCAAGCCGACGCACAUGCUGACCUCGUCCAACGGCGUCAAGAUCGGCCUCAUCGGCCUCGGCGAGCGCGAGUGGCUGGCCACCAUCAACAGCCUGCCCCCCAAUCUCAUCUACAAAUCCGCCAGCGCCACCGCAAAGGAGCUCAUCCCCCGGCUCAGGGCCGACGGCGCGGAGAUCAUCAUCUGCCUCAGCCACAUGCGCGAGCCCAACGACGUCAAGCUGGCCGAGCAGACGGACGGCCUCAUCGACAUCAUCCUCGGCGGCCACGACCACUUUUACAACCACCAGCUCGUCCGCGGAACGCACGUGCUCCGUUCAGGCACCGACUUCAAGAACCUCAGCUACAUUGAGGCGCGCCGGCGCAGAGAGCACGCAGACAAGUGGGACUUUGACAUUUGGAGGCGCGACGUGACGUCCCAGGUCAAGGAGCACUAUCCCUCGACGAAGCUGGUCGCGAACCUGACGGCGGACCUGAAGAAGUCGCUGGCCAAGCCCAUCGGGUGGUGCGCCAUGCCGCUGGACGCGCGCUUCAGCACGGUGCGCACCAAGGAGUCCAACAUUGGCAACUUUGUCUGCGACAUUAUGCGGCAGCACUACCACGCCGACUGCUGCAUCAUGGCGGCCGGCACCAUCCGCGGCGACCAAAUCUACCCGCCCGGCGCCGUGCGCAUCAAGGACGUGACGACGUGCUUCCCCUUUGAGGACCCCGUCGUGCUGCUGCGCGUCACGGGCCAGGCCAUCUGGGACGCCAUCGAGAACGGCGUGUCCACGUACCCGGCGCAGGAGGGUCGCUUCCCGCAGGUGUCCAACAUUGUCUUUUCGUUUGACCCCGCGCGGGAGAGGAACAAGCGCGUGCUGUCUCUCGAACUGGGCGGGAAGCCGCUGGAGCUCGACAGGAAAUACCUGCUCGCGACAAGGGGAUACAUGGGCCGAGGAAAAGACGGGUUUGACAGCUUGCUCGUGCAAUCCGAAGGCGGCCAGGCGGAAGAGCUUGUAGACGAGGAAAACGGCAUCCUCAUCAGCACCAUGCUGCGCCAGUACUUCAUGGCCCUGCGCACCGUCGGCAAGUGGCGGAAGCUCUCGGAGCACUGGGAGACGGUGGCGUCCAAGCUCAAGAGCAACACGACGCAGGCGCGGGCGCUCGCGCCGUCGGACGACCUCGAGCGGAGCCUGACGCUGUCGCGCGAGAGCUCCCACCUGAGCGACGCGGACCGGACCGACAGCUGGCACGACUUCAUCCUGGCCCGGCUCGGCCACAGCAAGACGCCGCACGACGACGACGACGAGGACGACCGGGGGCUGCACGAGCUCGCGGAAGACGGCGUCGCGGACGGGGCGCCGCCGCAGGCGGCGGAGCCCGACGUCGGCGCCGACCCGGACAAUGAGAUGGAUAUCGAGAUUCUGCUCCUGCGCAAGUUUUGGGCGCGCUGGACGCGCAAGGCCGGCAUCACGUCGUCUGUCUGCGAGCCGGCCGGCGACGGCGGCUGCUUGGUGGACUGGACGCGCUUGAUUGCCCCGACGGUGGAGGGCAGGAUCACCAUGGUGGAGAGUAAAUCGUAG